CAUGUCCAAAAGCUAAUCAGUCUAGAGUUAACUCUAAUACUUCUUCUUUACACAGCUGUUUUGACUCUGGACGAUACUGUGGUUGACUUGGAUGCUAUUGAAGCCCUGUAUGAAAAUAGAGCCCAGCCUGAGGAGUUAGAGAAGAUUAAGAAACACUACGAAACCUCAGACGAAGAGCAGGUCAAACUACUGGACAAGCCUGAACAGUUUCUGUAUGAACUCUCCCAGAUUCCAGAGUUCUCCAGUCGAGUUCACUGUUUCAUUUUUCAGACCAAGUUCACUGACGCCGUCGCCUCCAUACAGCGCAAGACCGAGAUUAUUCACCACGUCUGCAAGUUUCUGUUGGAGAAAGACAGCACAAGGGAGGUGAUGGGAUUGGUUCUUGCUCUGGGAAACUAUAUGAAUGGAGGCAGUCGAGCUCGAGGACAGGCCGACGGCUUCGGUCUUGAGAUUCUUCCCAAGCUUAAAGAUGUCAAGAGCAGGGAAAAUCACAUUAGUCUGUUGGACUACAUUGUGUCCUACUAUCUGCAUCACCUUGACAAGAAUGCUGGGACAGAAAAGAGCAUCUUUCCCCUGCCUGAACCUCAAGAUGUUUUCCUUUCCUCUCAAGUGAAGUUCGAUGACCUCUCUAAGGACCUCAGGAAGCUGGGCAGAGACUUGACAGUUUGCGAAAAGGACGUCCUAACUGUGUGUACCAACUCGUCUCAAGAGCACAUUCAUCCCUUCCAGGAGAAAAUGGACUUUUUCAUUGCCAGCGCACAGAAAGAGCUGAUCACCAUGGAGCACCAGGUGGUAUCAGCUCGUAAAAGCUUCUCUGACCUAGUGGAGUAUUUUGGGCUUAAGCCACGUUCUGGAGAGCAAGAAGUUGUGCCUGGCAAUGUGUUUACACUUUGGUUUGAAUUCUGCAAUGACUUUAAGAUCAGGUGGAAGAGAGAGAACAAAGUCAUAUCCAAACAGAGACUUAAAGAAGCCCAACAGUCAGUUCGCAACAUGACAGCAGAGAAGAAGAUUGAGACGAGAAGAGCACAUGCGAAUGGACUGAAAGAGAGACUGCGUAUGAAAGAAGCAAGUCUGACCACCAGCUAACUGUUUCCAAAAAGGCUUGUAUUGAAGACCCAGCUGAUUUUUGGCAAGGUCAGAAUGAAGUGCACCAGCUUGUGGGACACUUUUCUCCAGCCUGAAAGUUGCAGGAUGACUGCCUGUCUGUCAGUGUGGAUUGUGUGUAUGAUACAAUAAUCUUUUAGCUCACUUGGAUAUGUAUGUUCUAAAUAUUCCUAAUGGUUCAGAUAUGAGGUGAAGUUUUUAAAUGAAUGUUCCUUAAAAAUAAAGAUUCCAAAAUUAUGUUUUCCCAGUGGAACCACUCCAUAAAGAACUGUUUAACCUUUUAAAUAACCAUUUUUGUUAAUGGUGUAAAAAACAUUUUAGAAAUCUAAAUCAUUUGUUCACGCCUUAAAAGAACAUUUUGAUCAAUGGAAAGGUCUGGUCAGUAAGGGUUCUUCAUGGAACCAUUAAAGCCACCUUUAUUUUAAGAGUGUAUUACAAGUUCACUUACUCUGCUUUAUAAUCUUCACCAGUUUGUAUAAUUAAGGGUUCAAAUAGUGCAAAUUGAAGACAGCAAUCUUGGCAUUCAACUUAGAAAAAAGCAGUCACUUUAUUUUGCAUAUUGAGUAACAAAAGUUGAGUAUUUUUUAUGGCCAUAUUAAGUCAUUACAUAACAUAAUGUACAUUUACAAUCAUAUAAUUUUAAACUAUAACUGUUUUAUUCAGCACAUCACACCUUUUUUAUUGACGACAUGUAUGUGGAUUUAUCAUUGAAUCACAGUAAUUUUGUUCCUUGUAAAUGCAGUACUGUACAAAAUGUUCAUUGUUAUAAAAAAAAUGUUUGCAUGCAUUUCAUUUGUCACCUGUAUUUUCUUCAUCAGGCGAAUAAAAAAGAUUGUAAAUAUGGCACCACAUAUAUUUGACAACACAGAUAUAAAAGCCAGCAAAACAUUA